UGAGAACAUGCAUAAGAACUACAACCUUCCAAGGUUAAAAUGUACAACCUUGACUGAUCUCCGAGUAUUCGAUAUGGGGGCGGAUGUAUGAGUUUACAGUCCGGUGGUCCCGGUGUUCUCUUGGGUCGCCGAAGGCCCCAUGUCGGAGAUAUCGGAAUUAAAAUGACUUUCUGUUUCUUGCAUUCCUCCCCCUAAAACGCUUUUGUGUUCUGUGUCCGGAUGAAGGGGUUGUUCUCUAUAAAGCUUGACCUCCCAUGCGACCUCUAUUCCGUUCCCCGCUUACUCGGCGGACACAGCACCAACGCGCUAUUCAUCCAGCAAUCCGAAACAUGAGCAGCCCACCCACUACUGAAGUGCUAUAUGCGCUGACCGUGGCGAAAUCCCCGGCUAGACCUAGCCCAGAGGAUGUGUUGGAGAAAAGUCAUCAUGCAAAGAAUGGAUUCAGGAACCCGUGGGAAUCUUUUCGCGAUAUGGAUUCGAAAGAUAUCAUGCAAAUGAUGAUCUUUCGUCGAUUGAACGGCAAAGCGAACACACCUGAUACCAACCCGCCAACUGUGACCGUUCGCAAGCCCGAAUUUCUUCCCAGCCGAGAUACCCCCAAGCUGCGCGCAACAUGGCUUGGGCAUGCAUGCUAUUAUGUGGAGUUCCCAAGCGGUCUCCGAGUACUAUUUGACCCAGUGUUCGAAGCGCGUUGUGGGCCGUGCUGCGGACCAUUUCGCCUAGGUCCCAAGCGCUAUACUAAGCCUCCAUGCCAGAUCAAGGAUAUCCCUGUCAUCGACGCGGUGGUCAUCUCCCACAACCACUACGACCACCUGUCGUCCCCAACUGUCUCGGAGAUCGCGAAAAGGCAUCCCAAUUGCCACUUCUUCGCGCCACUAGGCAACAAGUCUUGGUUCCACGGCUCAGGCAUCAAAAAUGUAACCGAGAUGGAUUGGUGGGAUGAACGUGAUAUUGCAAUGUCACCCAAGGAGGGAAAGGACACCCAGGUUGAACCAGUAGGCCAAGCUUCCGCCACAGCAGAGAUAAAGGCGCGCAUCAGUUGCCUGCCUUGUCAGCAUGUUACUGCGCGCAGUCCUUUCGACAAAUACAAGACACUAUGGGCUUCCUGGGCCAUUGAGUCUGGUGGUAGCAAGGUGUAUUUUGCUGGUGAUACCGGCUACAGGGCAGUGGACGAGCUACCAGAAGGGGAGGAUGAUUGGGACCCCAAGUACAAUUUCCCUAUUUGUCCUGCCUUCGAACAGGUAGGUGAGUUCCGAGGACCAUUUGAUCUUGGCUUGAUUCCCAUUGGAGCGUACGCUCCUCGUCAUAUUUUCAGUCCAGCACAUUCUGAUCCCCAUGAUGCUGUUCACAUUUUCAAAGACACUAAGUGCAAAAAGGCAUUGGGAAUGCAUUGGGGAACCUGGGUACUUACUGAGGAGGAUGUCCUUGAGCCUCCCAAGAAGCUCAAGGAGGCACUGAAAAAACAUGAUAUCGCUGAGAGUGGUGUUUUUGAUGUAUGUGAUAUUGGGGAGAGCCGGGAGUUUUGAACAAAAAUCCGCCUAGUGUACAUUACUUUCAUGGCCUGUGUUAGCACGUGCUUGUGCUUGCUCUUUUUUGUAUGAUUUUGCAUCUGAAUAUUCCCGUUCACGCAACAGCGGAGUG